AUGGAGUAUCUUCCUAGUCUUCAACAGGAGUUUGACGAGCAUAAGCCGUCACUUUUCGAACUCCUCGCUGAACAACAACUCUCGGAUCUCCUUCCUCCAUCUCUACGUUAUCUUCUCGCAGUUGCAACACACCGUCACCCGCGCUAUCUUCUCCGGAUCCUCAAUUCAUAUGACGAAGUCUACGCCCUCCUUUCAUUAAUAGUCGAACGUUACUACCUGCGAACAUUCGGCGGGUCUUUUACGGAAAACUUUUAUUCCCUGAAACGAGAGCGCGUUCUCCGCACAAAGAAUGGCGAGAUUCCGCGCGCCCAGGUUGGCGCCGCAGGCCCCGUCCGCGACGCCCUCAAAUUACACUCGACGGAUAUCUGGAAGAAUCUACUCGUUAUGGUCGGUAUACCCUAUUUAAAGCGCAAGUUGGAUGAAGCAUACGAUAUUCAUGCCGCACCGCAUGCAUCCCUGGUCAUGGGCGACGGCCCCCGAUAUAAUCCCAGCGACGACCUGCCGGCCAACCCGUCGCUGCGCCAGCGUCUCUUACACUACUAUAAGUGGUUCCUGCGCAAAGUCUACCCAUCCGUAAAUGCAGCAUACUACUUCUCCGUUCUGGCGUUCAAUCUCGCCUACCUGUUCGAUAACACAAAGUACUCCUCCCCAUUCCUGUGGCUUAUCGGCACGCGCAUCCGCCGCCUCGGUUCCGCAGACCACCGCGCCAUCGCCGCAGUGCUAGAUCCCAAGCCCGGCCCAAGCACCGGACGAUCUCAACGACCAGGUGGAGGCUUGUUGGGUCUCCUGAGCCCUCAAAACCUCCACUCACAGCUCCUAACCUCACUACGAUACUUCCUCCCCGCCUCGAUCUUCGCCCUCAAAUUCCUAGAAUGGUGGCACGCAAGUGAUUUCUCUCGCCAGCUCGCCAGAAAAGCAACCGAUGUCCUGGAUCUGCCGGCCCCGGUCGUGGCAGGUCUUACAUCUCCCGCGGAACGGCGCAUAUCGUCAAUCCAGGAUGAGAAAGAGAAAGCAAAGAAGCAGGCCGAGCAGGAAAAGAAGAGCGGUGAUCUCAAGCCAGCUCUUAAAUCCCCCCGUCGCCACCGACCCCCCAUCUCUGCCACUUCAUACCUCCCCAUCUACACCGUGUCUUUGCCUCCGGCUGAUUCCUCAAGUGCUAACACAUGUCCUGUCUGUAUGGGCCAGCUCGCUAACCCGACUGCCUGUCAGACGGGAUAUGUGUUCUGCUACGUUUGUAUCUUCCACUGGCUGAACGGCGAACACCAGCGCCAACUGGACUUCAUGGCCGGUGAGGGUGCUGGUGCAGCGUGGGAGGAGGAAAUUACCGGCGAUGAUGACGAAGUGAAGGAUGCUGGUGAUGAUGAUGAAAAGAGUUCGCGCAGGCGAUCUGGGAAGUGGGAAAGUGGUAAGGGUAGAUGUCCUGUUACGGGGAGGAGAGUGCUUGGAGGCACUGAUGGGUUAAGGAGAGUUUUGAUCUGA